AUGAGUGAAGACGAAAGUGAAUUGGAUGAUUUACUUAUUUCUGAAAUUUUUAAAGAUUAUUCGCCGCCAAAAUAUGAACCAUAUCAAAAUGAAGAAGAGGAAGGGAUUAUAUGUCGUCCUUCUCGGGAAAAGGAUGUCGUUCAGUUUCAGAGAAAUUCAUAUGAAGUAUAUUUUAUCACUACCAUUUUGAUUGAUAUGUGUUACUGCUUUCCUAUUUCUAAGAUUUUGGAAAUCUUAUGGGAUAACGCAAACAUAAAAAUGGCAAUGUGUUUACCGACUUUAAUCAUGCCUCCUUGA